CUCGGGCCUACACGGUGUGUCUAUCAUCAUCAAUUUCAUACCCAAACCGCGAAGAAUGCGGUGUAGAAAGUAAGAGCUUAAAAAAGUUGUCAUUCUGCAGAAGGCAAACGAGAAACAGAAGUGAUAAUUGGUGCUGAACCCGCUUCCUAGGUUUACCUUUUUUUCUUCUUUUUCUUUUUACUUGGCCCCUAUUCGUGGUGGGUAGCAAAAGAGUUUGAUCCACCAAAUGAAAUGAGUUCAAUUGUUAGAUUCUCCACAAUUCUGCUCUUCCUUCUAAGUCUUUCAAUUAUCGUCAAAGCACAGCAGCCUCGAGAGCCUCUUUAUUAUGUUUGUUCAAACACAACCGCUUUCACUCCAAAUAGCACGUAUCAGACCAAUCUGAAUAAGCUCUUAUCUUCUCUUUCCAACAACGCAAACAACUCUAUUGGCUUCUUCAACAUAUCUUCAGGGCAGCAACCUGACGAUGUCUAUGGCUCAUUUCUCUGCCGUGGCGAUGUUAGCACCGAUGUUUGCCAAGAUUGUGUCACUUUCGCUACUCAGGACAUCGUCAAACGUUGCCCUAUCGAAAAGGUAGCCAUAGUAUGGUACGAUGAGUGUCUCCUGCGUUACGAAAAUCAGUCCUUCAUCUCCACCAUGGACCAAACACCCGAGCUAUACAUGUGGAAUACGCAGAAUAUAAGUACAUCGGACCAAGUUCGUUUCAACGGUCUAUUGGCUUCCACUAUGAAUAAUUUAGCUACUGAGGCAUCAACUGCUGCAUCAGGAGAAAAAAAGUUUGCUGUGAAAGAAGACAGUUUUACCUCGUUUCAGAAGCUGUACAGUCUUGUGCAGUGCACACCUGAUCUAUCCACCUCAGACUGUGGGCAGUGUCUACAAACAGCCAUCUCAAAUUUGCCCAGUUGCUGUGGUGGAAAGCAAGGAGGAAGAGUCUUGUAUCCAAGUUGCAAUAUUCGUUAUGAAGUGUAUCUAUUUUUUAAUGCUACUGCACUUGAGCCGCCGCCUCCAGCACCGUCGCCUGUGGUUCCUCUGCCUCCUCCUCCUACAGGUUUAGGAGCAAAACCACAAAUAGAAGGAAAAAGAGGCAUAUCAACUGUUACAAUUAUAGCGAUUGUUGCUCCAAUUGCUGUCGCUACUGUGCUUUUCAGUCUGGGCUGCUGUUACCUAAGGAGAAGAAAGAAGUAUGAGGCUGUGCAAGAAGAUGAUGCUAGAAAUGAAAUUACAACUGCGGAGUCCUUGCAAAUUGAUCUGAAUACUAUAGAAGUUGCUACAAAUAAGUUCUCUGCUGAUAACAAGCUGGGUGAAGGUGGAUUUGGUGAGGUCUACAAGGGUACUCUUCCUAAUGGGCAAGAAAUAGCUGUAAAGAAGCUAUCAAGAAGCUCUGGGCAGGGUGCAGAAGAGUUUAAGAAUGAGGUUGCAUUGUUAGCCAAGCUUCAACACAGAAAUCUAGUGAGGCUGCUAGGAUUUUGCUUGGAGGGUGCAGAAAAAAUACUAGUCUAUGAAUUCGUUCCCAACAAAAGCCUCGACUACUUCCUUUUCGACCCUGAAAAGCAAGCACAAUUAGAUUGGUCAAGACGUUAUAAAAUUAUUGGAGGAAUUGCCCGAGGAAUUGUUUAUCUUCACGAGGACUCUCGACUAAGAAUCAUACAUCGUGAUCUCAAAGCUAGUAAUAUUCUUUUAGAUAGAAAUAUGAAUUCAAAAAUUUCAGAUUUUGGUAUGGCCAGAAUUUUUGGAGUUGAUCAAACUCAAGGAAAUACAAGUAGAAUUGUUGGAACAUAUGGAUAUAUGUCUCCAGAAUAUGCAAUGCAUGGCCAGUUCUCCGUCAAGUCUGAUAUGUACAGUUUUGGUAUCUUAGUUCUCGAAAUUAUAAGUGGAAAGAAAAACAGUUCUUUCUAUCAAAUAGAUGGCGUUGAUGAUCUUGUGAGCUAUGUAUGGAAACACUGGAGAGAUGGAACCCCUAUUGACGUGUUGGAUCCAGUUCUAAAAGAUUCAUAUUCAAGAAAUGAAGUGUUAAGAUGCAUCCAAAUAGGCUUACUAUGUGUUCAAGAAGAUCCAACUGACAGACCCACAAUGGCAACAGUAGCGCUUAUGCUCAAUAGUUUUUCUGUUACUCUACCGGUACCUCAACGACCAGCAUUCUUUCUGCACAGCAGAUCGGAACCAACCAUGCCAAUGAAGGGAUUGGAGUCCGAUAAGUCUACUACAAAGUCAAUCCAAUGGUCUGUUGAUGAAGAAUCAAUUACUGAAGUAUAUCCUCGAUAGAGAAUUUAAUAAAUUGUUCUUGAAGAUAUAUUAGAAAGAAUGGAUAUCUAAGUUUCGUCACUAGUGUUGGUUCAAUGCACAAUAAAGAAUAAGCUUACUCAUUGAUCAGACUUGGUGGCGCGUGUCUUUCCCUUGAAAUUUUACAGUCUAGGUAUUCUACUCAAAAGGGAAAAAAUGUGGUUACAUUAUGAUGUGAGAAUUUGUAUGAUUUGUUUUUAACUAAGCUGGAUAAACAGGGUAUUGCUACUGCAUGAACAAAUACCACAAUAAGUAGCACCAAAGAUAAAAAUGUAAGACCCAGUUUUUAAAAGUAUAAUAAAAGUUUCUGAGAGAUGAGCCA